CUGAAGAAGCCAGAAGAAGGUGUCAGGUCUCCUAGAACUAGAGUUAUGGACAUGUGGAUGCUAGGCAUGGAACCUGGGUCUUAUGCAUGAAGCUUUCAAUGGUUGAGCUGUCUGCAAUUCCAGCUUCUUAGAUUUCCAAGACCAAGCUAAUCGAUUUUUUUCCCUCAUUCCUUUGGGACUUUGCUGUGAUGAAUCUCUAGUUGGUUAUAUAUGUAGGGAACAGAUCAUUCUCCGCCACUUGUUAUCUUUGGCUUCAGUUCUCCUUGUCCAUUUACUCCUGCUCAGAGCCCCCCUCUUAGGGAUGUUUGGCUAUCUUUCUUUCUUUUUUUGUUUUUGUCUUGUUCAUAGAUUGACCUUGGUGACAGAGGCAACUUCCUAGGAGCUGCUAAGAUGGGCAUGAGAAUCAAACUGCAAAGCACCAACCACCCCAACAACCUGCUGAAGGAACUCAACAAGUGCCGGCUGUCAGAGACCAUGUGCGAUGUCACUAUUGUGGUGGGGAGCCGCUCCUUUCCCGCCCACAAGGCCGUGUUGGCCUGCGCAGCUGGUUACUUCCAGAACCUCUUCUUGAAUACUGGGCUUGAUGCCGCCCGGACCUAUGUGGUGGACUUCAUUACGCCUGCCAACUUUGAGAAGAUUCUGAGCUUUGUCUACACCUCAGAGCUUUUCACAGACCUGAUCAACGUUGGUGUCAUCUAUGAGGUCGCUGAGCGCCUGGGUAUGGAGGACCUACUUCAGGCCUGCCACUCUACAUUUCCUGACCUAGAGAGCACCGCAGUAGCUAAGUCCUUGACCAGUGAUAGCCAGUCUGGUACUCUGAGAUGUCCUUCCGUGGAUCCCACUCACUCCCUUGGGGAGCUCCGGGGGAGUGGGGAACAUUUUGGUCCUGAGAGAAAUUAUGUGUUGCCUACUGAUGUUGGCGGGAACUAUAAAGAGGAAGAGAGGAAUGUUACCAGCGACACUAACCACAGCUUGCCCCUGCCACCAAAGACAGAAGACCACGAUGCCCCUGUUCCAUUCACGUCUGUUCCUAGUAUGGUGACCCAGUCAGUCCUGGGCAAUGUCAACGCAGGCAUCCAGACGGGCACGAGUUCUUGCCAGCCAUACAAAAUUCAAAGUAAUGGAGACUUCAGUAAAAACUUCUUCACCCCCGACAGUGCCAUGGACAUUACAACCGGGACCAAUUCCUGUUUAAGCAAUAGUGACCACUCCAAAGAUCCAGGCUUUGGGCAGGUGGAUGAGCUUCAGCUGGAGGACCUGGGGGACGAUGAUUUGCAGUUCGAGGACCCGGCUGAAGAGAUUGGGACAGCUGAGGAGGUGAUCGAACUGAGCGAUGACAGUGAGGACGACCUGGCUUUUGGUGAGACUGACAACCGGGAGAAUAAGGCCAUGCCCUGCCAGGUGUGCAAGAAAGUUCUAGAGCCCAACAUUCAGCUGAUACGGCAGCAUGCUCGGGACCAUGUGGACCUGCUCACAGGCAACUGCAAGGUCUGCGAGACCCACUUCCAGGACCGAAACUCCCGGGUGACCCAUGUCCUGUCCCACAUUGGUAUCUUUCUGUUUUCCUGUGACAUGUGUGAGACGAAGUUCUUUACCCAAUGGCAGCUAGCCCUGCACCGACGGGAUGGGAUAUUUGAAAACAACAUCAUUGUCCACCCUCAUGAGCCCCUGUCUGGGAAACUGGGUCUCUUCUCAGGGGCAGCCUCCCCCGAGUUAAAGUGUGCUGUCUGUGGGAAAGCAUUGGCCAAAGAUUUCCAUGUGGUCCGAGGCCACAUCCUUGACCAUCUGAACUUGAAGGGCCAGGCCUGCAGCAUCUGUGACCAGCGCCACCUCAACCUGUGUAGCCUCAUGUGGCACACACUCUCUCAUCUGGGCAUCUCGGUUUUCUCCUGUUCCGUCUGUGCCAGUAGCUUUGUGGACUGGCACCUUCUAGAGAAGCACAUGGCUGUGCACCAAAGCCUGGAGGACACCCUGUUCCGCUGCCAUUUAUGCAGCCAGAGCUUCAGGUCUGAGGCUGCCUACCGCUACCACGUGAGUCAACACAAAUGCAACAGUGGCCUCGAUGCGCGGCCUGGUCUGGGUCUACAACACUUAGCCCUCCAGAAACGGAAGCUGCCGGCAGAGGAGUUUCUGAGUGAGGAACUGGCUUUGCAAGGCCAACCUGGGAACAGCAAGUAUAGCUGCAAGGUCUGUGGCAAAAGGUUUGCCCACACAAGUGAGUUCAACUACCACCGGCGGAUCCACACCGGUGAGAAACCUUACCAGUGUAAGGUAUGUCACAAAUUCUUCCGAGGUCGCUCGACCAUCAAGUGCCACCUCAAGACACACUCCGGGGCACUCAUGUACCGCUGUACAGUCUGUGGCCACUACAGCUCCACGCUUAACCUCAUGAGCAAACAUGUUGGUGUGCACAAAGGCAGCCUCCCACCCGACUUCACCAUCGAGCAGACCUUCAUGUACAUUAUCCAUUCCAAAGAGACCGAAAAGAACCCGGACAGCUGACGGGGUCUCCGCAGAGGGAGCUCCCAGGGGGCAGCCAGGAUACUGAUUUUCUAAAGGCUGUUGGUCUUUCCCCAGCUGAUGCUACAGUUUUGCCUUGCUAGGAAUUCUAUUCUGUGUUGUGUUGAAAGAAGAAAUAGCACAUAAGCUGUUACUGUUUUUGAGAGGCAACAGCCCUGUUACAUUUACCUCCAUACCUACUCUUGCCCAAGGAGGGCUGCAUUCUUGAUUCUUUUGGGGCUGGUUUUUAGGAUCUAGUCAAGUGGCCCUGUCAGCUAGGUCCCCUUUGCCAGUUUCUCUAGUUUUAGUUUACUGAUAGUUUUUAUGCUGCUAAGAAUCCGGCCAAUAGCCUCACUGGAUGGAAGAGGCGGAGAGAGGUUUUUCACUGUGGGUGUGACUGUCCGACCUCUGGCUGGGCAACAGCUAUGAGAAGGUUUGGGGAAAUGUGGUUGUUCAGAAGGGACUGGCAGCAGGGCAGUUCAUCUGGGGUUCCCAUUCCCUCCUCAGCAGGGACAAGGUGUCAGGACCGAGGGCAGCUCGAAUCUCCUGAUUGGACACUGAAAAUCUCUUGGCAGCUAGAUCCAAACUGAGGACCAAGCUUUCUGUUUAGGUUGGAAAGCUUGGGUGUCCCAUGGUGCCGCCCGAUGGGGAGCCUGGAUGGAUGGAAGAAGAUACUCCUCUUUUUCCUCAUUUCCAAAGAAACAUGAUGAUUUUUUUUGUUUUGUUUUAAGAGUAUGUCCCUGGAUGUCAAGCCUCUCUCACGAGCAGAGAGGACAGAGAGCCACUCCGAUGUAGUCAUCUGCCACUUGGCCGCCCCCUUAACCGUUUGUGGUCUCCUGGGCAGGAAGAGACCCCUCUGACAGCAGCAGUCUUGCCUUAAUUCACAUCGAGUCUCCCACUCAGGAUGGUUCGACCUACAGCGUGAAUGAGAAGACCCUGUGAGAUGGUGGAGCCCAAGUGACUGGUGGGCUAUAGCAGGGUGUGGCUGUCCCACUCUGGUCCCUUGUUUGCUUGGUGGUAACAGUCUGGUAGCUAUGAUUGCAUCACCUCCAGGUGGCACUCUUGGAUGGUAGCUGGCUUAGGCCUUCCAAAUGUGGCUAUUUGGCUCCUUUCUUAGUCUUUGAAGGGGCCUUGCCCAAAAACGGCUGGAGGAGAGGACCCUUGAUCUUGCAUACUUAGAAGAUGGCACUUCAGUAGCUCAUACUACCUCACCCUGCUCAGGUGAGCUCUGAGAGUCCCUAAUUUUGGGCCCAGCCGCUGACGCUGCCCCCUGGUGGGACUCAGCAGCACCCUGGGCUGUUCCAUAAGCAAGUGGUUUUUAAUUAACUCACAAAGCCUUUUUAGACAUUAGUAUUUAUUUAUUUUUUUGUUUUGUAUACAUAUUACCCAGUAUCUCUUUUCAAUAAGUGACUUUAGGAAAAUUAGUUUCUCUCAAGCAAGGAGUCAUAUUCCACCACAUGGGUAUGCUGUGGAUUUGGAGAACAGGGGUGUAACUAUGAGAGAAUGUUCCAGGCCUUUUAAACAGCACAUUUUUGUUUCUCCAGGUAUUUUUUCUAGCAGAACAAAUCUAGAUCAAGUCACAUGAAGGUUUUUGCACAGUUUUUUUUAUCCUUCCAGCUUAGGGAGCCUCCUGUCCACAUAUGUUAAGACACAGAGGUAAACCAAAGCUGUAUCCUUGUUGGGCCAGCUGCCUCUUUCCCCAGUCUUGAACUGAGAAAGCCUGUGAGUAAAUGCUCAGGGCAUUUUGGUGAGCUCAAAUGAUGAGACCGAGACAGUGGCCAGUCAAAGGCCGCCUUUUGCUAUCUAAACUUCUGACAUUUUUAUCAGGAAAUCAUUGCUGUGACUUCCCAUUUUUUUACACUGGGGAUGUGUAACAAGCUACAAUUAUGUAUCUGCUGAGUUUUCCAAGACUGCUGGUGAGGAGUGAGUAUGGAUGGCUGAUUUGAGAGGGGUGGUACUUGAUCUCAGCCAGGUUGCUGAGAGUGCUUUGAGAGACCCUUUUCCUUAGCAUAUGGAAUCAUAGAUGCUGGGUGGUCUGUCUGCUUAACCUGAAACUGUGAAGUUUUCCCUUUUUGCCAUAAACCAAAAAGCAGAUCUUUGACAUUUUGCCCUUUAAACACUAAAAACCGUACCCUCUGAUCCCUUGAGGUUAGGUGAUCAGGGAGGUCCAAUUGGUCCCAGUCAGACAUGUAGCACGUGGAGUCAGAGGCUCAUGAGGCUCAUUGUCCAAACCACGCUUCUGUGGGUAGCCCCACAUUCAUACCUGUCUCCCCUUCUGUGUGAAGUUGUGUUUGCUUUCCCCAGAGCUAGUUCAUCCCUCUCUUGAGUUGAUUUACUUGAAACAUUACAUGGUAGUGAAGGGUACUCAAGGCUACCUGGUGGAAGGUGAUAAUUGUAUUUUGCAUUUUUAGUUUUUAACUUAACACCUGUUUGAUUUCACUUUCUCCUCCCUUUUGAAUUCCAGUUUAGCACUAGCCCCUGCUGUAUCGCUUUAGAGUUCUCUUUGAUCCUUGAAUGUUCCAUCUUUGCCUGUCACGUCCCUCCCCUCCCCCGCCCCUUUUUGGUCUGUACUCAGGACCAGCUGCACAGUUUUCAGAACUCUCUUGUCCAGCAAUUGCAGUCCUAGCUUGUUUCCUAAGGGAGGUUGUAGUGCUGGUGUGGCAUGCUGGCACACACAGCGUGGACUGCUUAUGGCCCGAGAACAGGAUGUGUCCUUGUGUGCCAGUGACCCCUGAUGGCUCAGAGAUGACACACACUGCUGGAAGCUCUACUGAGUGAACCCCAGUAUUCGGUUCUAUGUUUUAAGAUUCUGUGGAGUCCUGCAGUUCAUGUUAGUCAGGAAGAAAAGGGGUGGUAUUGGUGUGGGUUAGGUAGCCCUAAGGACCAAGAAAUAGGAAAGAAUUACAUUUUAUUUUAUGGUGACAUAUUCACAGCCCCUUGUCUACAGGGCAAGCCUGUAUGCUUCAGUACUUUUUCACCCAGGCGGGAUUUUGCUACUGACUGGCUUCCUUCUCUGGCUUCCUGCUGUGCCGUGUCCACCAGAUCCUAGACUACUCCACUUGCAAAGUUAAUUUAAAUCCCUUUAUGGAUGGACACAGAGACUGCUGGCAUGGGAGGGGGCCCUACGAAUUGGUCUCUGCCUAUCCAGGAGCACCCACGUCCUCUCCCCUAAAUCUUGCAGCAAGUGAGUCAGAAAGUGCACAACAUUCAUUUCAGCGUGAUUAUCAUAAUCCGUGUCAGAACGAAAAUGACACUUGUGAUGAUGUUUUGACACCUUCCCAAUGUCUGUCCCCACCCUCCCCCACCUGGAGUAGCUCAAGUCUCUUUUGAAGCAGAGAAGCUGCUGCUGUCUAACUCCUUCCAUUAAAUUAAGAAGUACUGACCUCCUAAUAUUUAAGUGUUUACUAUCUGCUGUAAAGUUUUGUAUAUUUUGUAAACCUUUCCUCCCAAAUAGUAGACGUCUAAAAUCGUACAUCUGAUUCUUUUAUAUCCCAUUGUUCAGCACAAAGUGUGGUUUUUAUUUAGAAUAAAAAAGAAAAAAGAAAUUUGAA